CAUACGUUAGCAACAAUGACUCAUCCCUUAUCAUCAUAUUCACCUACACUUCAUGUGGGUGGAUAUUCCUCUCCUCACUAAAUUUAUUCUCCUUGCGCCCUUUUUCCUUUUCGCAAAUCUCUCAAAACAAAGGGUUGAUCCAUGAAAGAAGGAUAAUCAACAACUGUAAGAUAAGAGGAAAAGAGUGGGUGGCAGUUCUUGCUUCAAGCUCUAAUGGCAGGGCCUGAUCUUGGAGUGGAAUGUGUAGACAGCAACGACAUCAUAACAGUAUUAGCAUCAGAAGGGAUUGAGUUCCUUUUAUCUGGUGAAGGAAAGGUAUCUUUAUCAUCAACUGAAGGGAAGAUGAUUUGCCUCUUCUUCUCAGCCAACUGGUGCAGGCCUUGUAGAACUUUUACACCACAGCUGGUCCAAAUCUAUAAUUCAUUAAUAAAGACUGGUAGAAUGAUAGAGAUUAUAUUCAUAUCCUUUGACCGAGAUGAGACUGGAUUUGGGGAGCACUUUAAGUCCAUGCCAUGGCUUGCAGUUCCGUUCAAUGUAGAUUUGCAUAGGCGAUUGAGUGACCACUACCAUGUUGAUCACAUCCCAUCAUUUAUACCAUUGGGCUUGGAUGGAAAAUCAAUUGAAGAAGAUGCAAUUGGGUUGAUUGAAGACUAUGGUGCAAGUGCAUUUCCCUUCACAAGCCAGAGAAGGGAGGAAUUGAAGGCUAUGGAUAAUGCUAAGCGUCAGGGAGGAAAACUAGAAGAACUUUUGGCAAAUGAAGGACGAAACCAUGUGAUUUCUAGCAGUGGUAGAGAGAUAUUAGUAUCUGAACUUGUUGGGAAGACAAUAGGCCUCUACUUUGCUGCGCAUUGGUGCCCUCCUUGCCGUGCCUUCACUGCACAACUUAUAGAAGCUUACAACAAGCUGGUGGCCACUCGAAAUCAGUGCUUUGAAAUAAUAUUUGUCUCAACAGAUCGAGACCACCAAGAAUUUGAUCUCAGCUUAAGUAACAUGCCAUGGCUAGCCAUCCCAUACGAGGACAAGGCACGACAAGACCUUUGCAGGAUCUUUGACAUCAAAGGGAUUCCAGCUUUGGUCCUACUAGGCUCUGAUGGGAAGACAAUUAGCACAAAUGGGAGGGCUAUUAUUUCCUCCUAUGGUGCCAUGGCCUUUCCAUUUACUGAGUCAAGGACUACUGAGAUUGAAGCAGCCUUGAAAGAGGAAGGAGAUGCGCUGCCUCGCCAGGUAAAGGACCUGAAACAUGAACAUAUACUUAAGCUGGACAUGGCCAAAGCAUAUGUAUGUGACUCCUGCAAGAAGCUAGGGAGGUUCUGGGCAUUCUCUUGUGAUGUAUGUGACUAUGAUCUUCAUCCAACAUGUGUAGAAGAAAAACAAGAAACUUAUUUGGAAGAUCCAGUCAUGGGGCUUGUAUGAAUUUCAAUCUUUCAAGAGAUCAUGUCCUAGUUUGAAAUCAUAAUCAUCUGAAACUCUUGUUUGCAGUGUACCCCCAAUUACAUAUUAUACAAUAAUCUCAUUUUAUAUCUACUGCUACUUUGCCU